UAGUCUACUAAUAGCCCCCCCUAUAAAAUUCUGAUUCUGAGUGGGCUGAACAGUCAUUCUCCCCACGUUAUUUGCCGUGCAAAAAUUCUUAACCCUUUGGUUUAUGCUGUGAUUUCACAAUUCCACUCCCUCCGGUUUAUAUUUCUGAUCUGUUUUUCCUUAUUCCCGAUAUCCUGCAUCACCCAUAAUAGUUUAUUGGAAUCCAGUGAAGAUUUAUUUGGAGUGCAAAGUGAUUGGGUGAGAGACUUCUAGCAAGGUGACUAUUGUUUAGAGAUUACUGAAGGACUCUGCUGUACAACUUCAAUUUGAUGACAGUCUUAGAAAAGGUCACAAAACCCCUACAGCUGCUGGAAUUGGGGGUUUGUUCUGCAAGUCCAGUGGCGACUUAUUAUGGGUUUACAUUGGACCCACCUCAGCAGAAUAUGCACUAGAAGCUGAAAUCGGAGCACUUAUAGAAGGUCUAAGGAUUGCUAAGGCUCUUUAGAUCAGCUCCCUUGUAGUGAAAGGUCGAAAAGACUCAGUAUAAGGGAUGCCUCCUUUUAGCAUAUCAGAGUUUUUGGGGUGGUAUAUGGUGACUUGAGCACAUCUUCACUAUAUGCCUGUAGAAGUACAUUUUCAGGGAGGUUGCACAGCUAUCAAAAUGAGGAAGCAGUAUUUGGAGUACUUUCCUUCAUUUUUUGGAUUUACACUGCUCCCGUUGUUGAAGCAUGUCAUCAUUGUAUUGAGUGCAGAUGAUAAUUGUGAAGGUGGUGUAACAUUUGCUUUGUACGCACUUCUUUGUAGACAUUCAAAGUUGAAUCAACAAGCAUUUCAUGAGGAGCUCUCAACAGAUUAUAAUCACGGUCACUUGAAUUGAAACCUAGCUGCAUCUUGAUUGAGAAAAUUUCUCGAGAAGCAUAAAAGGAUUAGAAGUGCUUUACUUGUUAUAGUUGUACUUGGCGCUUGCAUGAUGAUAGGUGAUGGUGCAUAAACACCUGCAAUUUCUGUUAUAUCAUCUAUAGCAGGGUUUCAAAUUCGAGACAAAAACUUACCUAAUGAGGAAUAGGGGCUUUUUGCGCGGGGUUCUAAUACACAUUGCCCCAUGUUGAGUACUUGUUCCCAAUGUCUCGCCAGGCGUCCUAUUAUUGUAUCACCUUCCUUUCCUCGGGUCAGGGUUUUGAAGCGAAUCGGUAGUUCUUGGCCACUCAACAACAGGAGCUUACGUCUCGUUGAAUCUCAUUCUAGGUCUUCAAACAAGAAAUGGAAGGUUUCGUGCUUUAGGCAUGAAGACUCUUCUUCAGAUACAUCCGAGUCUGAGCUUUCAGAAGACAACCUCCCAGGAGAGCUGGUCGAACCUGAACUGAAUCGAUCAGACGUUGUAAAAAAGGAUUGUGUUUUAAGUCUAAAAGAGGCUGCAGAUGCAAUUUUUAAAGGACCUGGAAAACCUUGGAUGGUACCAUGGACGGCAAAAACCAUACUUCAGGUUAUGCUUCUCUGGAUCGCUUCAUUCUGGUUUGUUGGAUCAUGGAUAAUUCCAUUCCUGGCCCAUGCAGUGGGUUUUAAUAAGGAAUCUCUGACAUACAGAGGCCAAGCUCUAUACAGCCUAUUAACGGAUGUGGCCGAGGGUCUUGCUGGCAUUGCAAUCCUUCAUAGCUGCAUUGCUAGGUUCUACCCUCUUCCAUCUGACUGGUUUAGUUUCAGCUUUAGUGGAAAUUGGCAGUUUGACGUUACCUUGGGAUGUCUUACGUUCCCUUUGGUUAACCGGCUAUCUCAAAUCAACCUUGAUCUCUUCCCCCUUCUUCCCUCCACACCAGUUGCUGUAUCAAGUGUUGAGCAGUCAAUUAUAGCUAGGGAUCCUGUGGCAAUGGCCUUAUAUGCAGUAGUAGUUUCAGUCUGUGCCCCUGUAUGGGAAGAAAUUAUCUUUCGGGGAUUCCUUCUUCCAUCCUUGAGCAAAUACAUGCCUGUGUGGUGCUCAAUCCUGCUUAGUUCAGUUGCAUUUGCUUUAGCACAUUUCAAUGUACAAAGAAUGGUACCACUCAUAUUCCUUGGGGUGGUUAUGGGUGCUGUUUUUGCAAGAUCAAGGAACUUGUUAGCAUCAAUGCUUUUGCAUAGCCUCUGGAAUGGAUUUGUAUUCUUAGACUUGUUGAAAUAAUAAAUAUCAUAUUGUACCUUGUAUUUGUA